CCGGCCGAGCGGCUGCACCCACAGCAGACCGGUCCUGCCCGCUCCCCCGGUGUCCGUCCGUCCCCUCCCCGGAGUCUCCGUCCCCCCCGGCGGGGAGAUCUCUCCGAAAUGGACCCCCGGAGGGCGGCGGAGGGCGGGCCGUCCGGGCGGGGGCCCCUCCGGCUCGCAUGAUCGCCCCAUCGGCCCGCGGCGGCGCGAAGACAUGGGCCAGACCUCGGUCUCCACGCUGGCCGAACAGCCUCCGGCCGUUGAUGGACUAGACAAGGCUUCAAUCGCAAAUUCAGACGGACCCACAACAGGUUCUCAAACACCUCCCUUCAAGAGAAAGGGGAAACUGUCCACCAUAGGCAAAAUCUUUAAGCCUUGGAAAUGGAGAAAAAAGAAGACCAGUGACAAGUUUAGAGAAACCUCAGCAGUGUUAGAAAGGAAGAUUUCUACAAGACAAAGUAGAGAGGAGCUGAUAAGAAGGGGAGUGCUUAAGGAAUUGCCUGAUCAAGAUGGAGAUGUAACGGUAAACUUUGAAAAUUCAAAUGGGCAUAUGAUAUCGAUCGGCGAGGAAACCAUACAGGAGGAAAAUGUAGUAAAGUCUGAAGAAGGUAAUGACUCUGUGUCUGCGAAAGCUACAUCUCUGGAAGAAAAAGCAGAAGAUAAGAAAGGUGAGCCAAUGCUGGGAAGUUCCCCCCGUGGUUACCUGGAAGUGAUUGGCAGAUCAUACCUCUGGACCCUGAGAGAGAACCCUGAAAACUGUUCUGAAACAUCGACAGUCCCCGUUCCUGCUCCACCUCCUCCUAAACCUAAGCCUAAACCCAAACCCAAAAAAACAACGGCCCCACCAAAAGGCGCUACUGCCGUGGGCAGCCACAAGGGUGACGAAGCACCUGCUGUUAAAAAAAAUGCCAAGACUCCCAGUAAGCAGCCCCCCGUCCCUCCACCCAAGCCGACAAGUCGCAAUGUGAACCGGGAGGCUGCAAGCUCUUCUCAUUUGAAAAAAACAACUGUCUCCAAGUCAGCAUCUUCACCAUCAACUUCAUCCUCCUCCUCAUCUCGUCCCAAAGCUGCUAAGGAGCCAGCGUCUAGCAAAACAGGGAUCGUGGGAACUACAAGAGGCAAGAAAAAAACCGGGAAGCAGUCAGCGACCCGAACACCAACAGAUGGAGCUGCUUCUGGCAUAGCCAACACCUCAGGAGAUCAUUUAGACAUCAAGGAGGAAAAACUUAAGCUAGAGCAAACUCUCCCCACUGCUGAAGAGCAGAAUUCCGAUGACCAACAGAGCCAGCCUGUGGUUCCACCCCCACCUAUCGCUCCUCCUCCUCCUCCUCCUCCCCCCACCCUUCCUCUCUCUCGCACGAAUCAGUGCUCUCUUUCCUUGGACACUCCAGUUGUAACAAUUAACAGUGGGGGCGGCCCGCCUUCCUCUGGCUUAGACUCCACUCAUCCUCUCUGGACUGAAGAGCCGGCCAACAUAACCACUGUCCCAUCAGAUUCUGGCCUUGAUGUUAGCCGAGAAAGAGUGAAAUGUCUCAACAGUUUGACCACCAAAGAGGAGCUGGUGAAGGAAACCCCUUGCCUCGUGAUUCCUGUGUUGAUGGGAGAGACCUUCAGUACUUCCAGGGCUGAAGGUCACCGAGAGAGCCAGACGAAUGAUUCCGAUUCUGAUGGGCCCAUUCUCUACACCGACGAUGAGGACGAUGAUGAUGAGGAUGACACCAGCGGUGAAAGCACUUUGGCAAGUAAAAUACGUCGAAGGGAUACACUUGCUAUCAAACUUGGCAACAGACCAUCUAAGAAAGAAUUGGAAGACAAGAACAUCUUGCAGCGAACAUCUGAAGAGGAAAGACAGGAGAUCAGACAACAGAUAGGAACAAAGCUAGUGAGGAGACUUAGCCAGAGGCCUACAACAGAAGAACUAGAGCAAAGAAACAUUCUUAAACAAAAGAAUGAGGAAGAAGAACAAGAAGCAAAAAUGGAACUAAAACGCAGGCUCAGCAGAAAGCUCAGUCUGAGACCUACAGUGGCAGAACUGCAGGCCAGGAGAAUACUACGGUUCAACGAGUACGUGGAGGUCUCGGACUCCCCAGACUAUGACCGGCGGGCAGACAAGCCCUGGGCCAGGCUAACUCCUGCGGAUAAGGCAGCAAUAAGGAAAGAACUAAAUGAAUUUAAAAGCACAGAAAUGGAAGUACAUGAAGAGAGUCGACAGUUUACAAGGUUUCAUCGUCCAUAAUGUAAUGGAAGACUAUUGUGAAACAAAUAAUGAUAACCUUUGGGGAAAGUGAUGCUUCCUGAAGACCUGAUAUUGCACUGGAAUUUGAGAGAGAGAGAGAGAGAGAGAGAGUGUGUGUUUGUGUGUGGGUAUGGGUGUGCAUGCUGCAGCUUAACCUGUGGUUAAAGAAGAGAGUGGCCCUCAACUUUAUUAAAGAAGGUAUACUCCCCUUUAUUAGAGAGCUCAGAUGCUGGAGGAAAGGAAAGGGCACAGUGAUCCUUUCUUCCUAGCAACUGUGUUGAUAAUAAGAAGUAUUAGGGUUUCCAUCACCAGUUCAUGUGGUUUUGUUAAUUUUUCUUCAUCAGAAUUUUUGACCGAGGAAGAUUAGCAGAAGACAAUCAUUGGGCUUCCUGAUGCCAGGAACUCAAACCUUACAGCAUGAUAUUCAAGGAAAGCUGGGAGCGGGACUGUGGGGAGUGAGGCAGGGAGGGGAGGGAAAAUAAGAAAGAGCACUUCACUUGUUAAGUUAGCAAAGAAUUGAGGAAAGAAUGAUAGUGACAGUUACAAAAUAGGAACUCAUGGACUUAUCCUGUGGGGAUGACCUCCUAUCCCAGGAAUAUUGUUCUCAUUUCAUGAGUACUAAAAUACCGUUCAGUAGUUUCAGUUUGUGGUGCCAGUGAACCCAGUUGCCAGAAAUAAGUUUCUGAAUGUAUUCAUGCAUAUUUUCCUUAAAUACAAGAAGCUUAAUACAGACUCUAACAAGCAUGCUUAAAAAAAUAUGUUGCAUGUUCAAGUAGCAUAGCUAUACAUGCUUUACAUUUUUUAUACUCUUACCCAGUGUACCUUCAAGGGCAAUUGUUGGAAUUUCAGGAGCAGGAAUUAAAGGGCAGAAAUGACAGAAUCCUGUGUUUCCGGAUGAGAAAUGAGACUCUUUUGAUCUGUCCCACAAGUUUUGGUUUCUCAUUGUCACCAGCAUCCCCUGAUUGGAGUUAGAGGGUAUUGACUAGCAUGACAUCCUUCUAUUCUGAAUCCAAACAAAAUAAUUAUAGAUACAAAUGUACUGUUUUGACUAGGCCUGGAUAGUGAUGAACAAGCCUGCAUUUUUUUUUUAGCUUAAGUACUGCAUUAAGUGGAUCCUUUGAAUCGCUGCUACCAAAAAAAAAAAAAGAAAUGUGAAUCAAUACUCAUCGAGGGCCUUUAGAAAAUCGCCUGUUAAAUUGUAUGUGAAGAAUGCCUAGUUGCUUCUUUAAAAGUCUGUAAAUUGCAUUUGGUAAUUCAUGAGUACCUUUUAGCAAAGUAUAAUUGUCAGUAACAUUAGAGUUUGGAAAGUAACAUGUGGCUUCAAUUUGAAGUUGAAUCUACAUAGGUCUUUCACCAUCCUAGAGCAUUGUUUACACUAAGAAAUUUUUUAAUGUCUUACAUGCUAACACCUUUCCUUUGAGUAAUGUUCACAGAAUGACAUUUCUGUUCCCAAUGCCCAUCGCCAUAUUUAUUCUCUUUAUCCUUUUUCGAAAGGAAAACAAUUGGAAUUUUUUUAAAAACAGUUAAAAUUGGAAUGGUAAUGCAAUAUGGAUAAUAGCUUUGCUUUUUCCCCCCAGAGUUUGGGAUGAAUUCUCUGGCAUUUUGCAGUUCAUAAUACUGAGAUUGUAAUUUUAGAUUUCAGACUAGAAGCAAGCAUGCAAUCUAGUAGCUAAAUUUAGAUAUUUUCAAUAACUAAAUGUGGAGCUAUUGGAUCAAUUUUUAUAAAAGACUUUAAAAAAUCAUCUGGGUCCUCUUUAUUGGAAGUAGGCUAACCCAGUGACUUUAUUGGGUUUAUAUGUUGGUGUGACAUUGGAACAUUUUCAGAUUCUGUUGAACACUGUGCAGAAUAAUUAUGGGGAAAAUUGGUAAUUAGAAUAGCCAGUAAUUAGAAUAGGAUAGAAUUAGAAUUGAAUCAAUUGGGAACAUUGAAAGCACAGAAAAAGUUAACAAAUUCUGUUCCUUUCUGUAAAUAGAGAGGGUAGUUUUGUUGCAACAAGUAAACGGUGCAAAAGAAGGAUCUUCAUUUUCAUUUAGAAUCUGAUGACUUUCAUUUCAGAUAAUGGGAUUCCAUUCCAUGCCAUUAUUCUCUAAGUAACAAAUAAGCCCACUUCUAGCUUUUGGUGUUACCAUCAUGAAAAACCUGACUGAGACGAAGACUUAAUGUUACACUGUGUGGUUUGCGCUGUCUUGUUUUUCACUGUUACGUGCAAAUGCUCACAGCCAGUUUCCCAAACAGCACAUCAUGUUCUAUCCAGAUAGAUGUGCGUUGACAUUAGAAUGCUCCCUAAUGGUGCUCUCUCCAAAACACAUACUAAAACACAUUUGGAAGACCUGAGCAUAGCCGAUCUUCUUCAUAACUAUACCCUAUCACCACAUAUAUUUAUAAGCCUUCCUGCCACCCCAGGAGAGUUGCCCUGCUGAAAAACCUCAUAUUAUCAAAAGCUUGAUACCAUGUUAUCAAUGGUAACGUAGGCAUUGGGAAAAAUGGUUGGAAAUUAAUGGAAAAAUUCAAGAGGGUUUAUGGAUGAUGAAAAAAACCUACUAAGGUUUGUUUUAAGCAAUCUGCUUUGCCUGAUCCUUUCUCUAACACUUAUCAAUAGGUUUUUAGCAUCUCAGUUUUCAACCGCUAAAGUCAGUAACCGGUAAACAGUUGUAAACUGGGUCCUUUUGUUAAUGUUUAUGAAGUACAGAUAAAUGUUACCUUUUGAUUCAUGCUUUUAGAAAGCAUUCCCCGCAGAAUCAUAUCUAAUGAAUUCACAGAUGUAUUAUAAUGGCUGUGUUCCCCUGUUUUUCCAUUGCACCCUAUCCAAACUGUGCUCUAAAAUAUAGUGUUCUUGCAAGAAUGCUUGUUUUGAUAAAAGGAGAAAUUCUGGUUAGUCAAAAAUGAAAGGCUUAAGUAAUUCAAUUCUCCUCUUCCUAAAGUGGGAAUGCCCACAGGCAGGAAGAGGAAAAUCUGUUUGUUCUCAGUAUGGGACUGAUCUCACACGAGUAUAUACUAUCAUCCACUGCAUAUUCCAAUUUGUGCAUUGUUAAAGCCUGACUUAAAGGAAAGUAACAUAAAGCAGGAAAGGCAGAAUAUGUUUACCAAAAUAGCCAUUCUGAUCCCUUUAUAUAGUAGGAAACUCAAUUUAUUAUUUUGCAAGCAAGGGGACAGUAAAUAAAUUCAUGACUAUGAGCCAAUUUGUAUUCUGAA